GAGAGGCAGAGAGCGAGAGAGACAGAGAGAGAGAGAGGCAGAGAGAGAGAGAGAGUGUGUGUGUGUGUGAGAGAGAGAAAGAGAGAGUCAAAGAGAGAGCGAGAGAAGAUGAGGAGACUCCUCCAGGACUCUCCUCUGUGUUGCGUGGUAAAACUCUGGUCUCAGUCCGGCCUGGAGUUCUCUCUUCUCUAAGACCUUCCUGCUCCUCUCAGCUGCUUUCCUCUUCAUGAAGACCACUGACAUCGGUGAUGUGAUGAAUAAAUUUGAAGUCCUUGGCAUUGUAGGUGAAGGAGCCUAUGGAGUGGUUCUGAAGUGCAGGCACAAGGAGACCAAUGAGCUGGUGGCCAUAAAGAAGUUUAAGGACAGCGAGGAGAAUGAGGAGGUUAAAGAGACCACGCUGAGGGAGCUGAAGAUGCUGCGGACGCUGAAACAGGAGAACAUCGUGGAACUCAAAGAGGCUUUCAGGAGGAGAGGGAAACUCUACCUGGUCUUUGAAUAUGUGGAGAGGAACAUGCUGGAGUUGCUGGAGGAACUGCCUAACGGAGCACCCCCUGACAAAGCCAGGAACUACAUCUACCAGCUGAUCAAAGCCAUCCACUGGUGCCAUAAGAAUGAGAUCGUACACAGAGACAUCAAGCCUGAAAACCUCCUCAUCAGCUCUGAGGAUGUUCUCAAACUCUGUGAUUUUGGCUUUGCCCGCAACCUGUCAGAGGGAAGUGAUGCCAACUACACUGAGUAUGUAGCCACUAGGUGGUACCGCUCUCCUGAGCUACUGCUGGGGGCCCCCUAUGGUAAGGCUGUAGACAUGUGGUCAGUGGGUUGUAUCCUGGGGGAGCUGAGUGAUGGCCAGCCUCUGUUCCCAGGGGAGAGUGAGAUAGAUCAACUCUUUACCAUCCAGAAGGUCCUGGGUCCUCUACCUGCUGAACAGAUGAAGCUCUUCUACAACAACCCUCGCUUCCAUGGACUACGGCAGUUCCCCUCAGUGAAUCACCCUACAACCCUGGAGCGGAGGUACCUGGCCAUCCUGAGUGGCCUCAUGCUGGAUCUGAUGAAGAACCUGUUGUUGCUGGUCCCUUCUGACCGCUACCUGACAGAACAGAGUCUGAACCACCCAGCCUUCCAGCCCCUCCGCCUCCUGGAGCAGCCCGCCCCAGCACCACCCUCCCCUAACCCCCCACGCUCCUCCAAGAGGAAGCCCCACAGCCACAUGGAGAACACUGUGCCCACCAGAAGCCACGGCAGUAAGAGCUCGGGUCACCGUCACUCUAACAGUAAGGAAUGUUCCAGCCUACCUCGUCAUGGCGACCUUCACCUAGGCAACGACAGCUUCCUGAACGGCAACAAGCCUGUGUCGUCCAGCCUGAGCCCCACCCUCCACCCCAAGGCUUACAUGACCCAGACCCUCAACCGCUCCAUCACCUGUAAUAAGGACUUGGUCAACAACAACAUGCCACACCUGCUCAGCCCCAAGGACACCAAGGGCACGACACAGUUUGACUUCAACCUGGUUGGUGUUGGGCCCCCAGGGGCCAAGGCUCCUGACCAGCAGGGCCCUGGAGCCAUGUACGUGAAGUCCACCUCCCGCUCUCAGCAGCAGCAACAGCAAGUAGGGCAGGGACGACACUCUUCCUUUCUGGAGGGCAAGACCAAUACCAUGGAGAAACAACAUGGCCGCCAUGGUGGACACAACAUAGACUCCACCCACAGCUCCUCCAAGAGUUCCAGCUCCUACCUGAGCCUGUCCAAGAGCCACAGCGCCUUGAGCAACAAUGCCAAGUCUGUGGGUGGUAACCUUGGAGAUGGGGUGAGGGGCGUGCACCCCGACGACCCUUCGGCAACCCCUGGAAUCUCCGCCCGCUUCUUCCCUGCCAGCUGCCUGGACCUGAACCUCAAUGCCCCACCUGGAAGUCCCCAGGUCCCCCGCCACAGCGAACGCCACUCUUCUGGCCACGCACCCCCUGGAAGUCCCCAGGUCCCCCGCCACAGCGAACGCCACUCUUCUGGCCACGCCCCCCCUGGAAGUCCCCAGGCCCCCCGCCACAGCGAACGACACUCUUCUGGCCACGCCCCCCCUGGAAGUCCCCAGGUCCCCCGCCACAGCGAACGCCACACUUCUGGACACACAUCCAGCCACACCGGCCACUCCUCCGGUCACAGCCCCUCGUCCCGCGGCAACAACCCCCGUCUGGAGAGCUCCACCCUGGACUCGUCCUGCCGACGCGCCUCCUCUUCCAGACACAAAGCUCCAGAGGAGACCUUGGCCCCGGGCCCGGAGCUUCUUGACCCAGGAGGAGAAGGGGAUGGUGGGGGGAACCACGGAGCUCACACCCUGGCCUCCCCCCAUGAGUCCUACCCCUACGGCCUGGGCUACACCAGUCCCUUCUCUUCCCAGCAGAGGCCUCACCGCCACUCCAUGUACGUGAGGAGGAGUGAGCGCCACAGGUCCCACGGAGGUGGGGGUGGAGGGGGUAGUGAGGGGGGCUUAAUGGUGGGUCAGGGGUUGCCCACCAGGGCUAGCAGUCUGCAGAUGCUCUCCCCCCAGCUUCAGCACCGCACCCUCACCAGACACCCCGUAGGACACUCUGUGGGAUCGUCCAGAGAGGACUGCACUGAAGACACGACCAGGAGUGAGCCGUCUUCUAAAGAGGUGGUGACCUCUCACCCCCGACCCCAGAUUAAAGACUCCACGCGGGACAACCCAGCCUCCUUUCACUCACAACGCCCUGCUAAGAACGAGGUACCAGUGGGGAUGUACCAUGAGCCCCACCCCGAGGACCCAGUCUCCUCCAAGGAGAACCGCAUGAUCUUCAGUGACUCCAUGCCCAGACGGGUAGGAAGCUUCUACAGAGUGCCCUCUCCCAGGCCAGACAACUCCUCGUCCUUCCAUGAUGGUGGGGCUCAGAGGGAGAGCAGAGGACCGCCGGUGCCAGGGGACCCAGGUGUCAUGAACAACCACUCCAAACGCCAGACUGCCUUUGACUGGAGUACUGCAGAGGCAAUGGUGAUGAACCAACCAGAGCCGGCCAAAGAGAAGGAGAAACAGGGCUUCUUCAGAUCGAUGAAGAAGAAGAAGAAGAAGCCGACCAAUACCACAGACAGAGUCGACGAUGGAAGGAACCCCCGCAUCAAGAAAGGCCUUUUCCCUCUGUUUAACUCAAAGAAUAGCUUAAAGCAUACUUCCUCUCAGAAAGCUCUUCCCGUAGUGCCCUCGCCCAUGCUGCAGCAUCAGUCUACCGCACCCUACUCUACCUCACCAGUUCCUGGUGAUAGCCAGGACAACCUGUUUAUCCAGAAGGGGGCCAAGUCCUCGUCCUCGUCUUCCUCUCACCACGGCAGCCGGAGGAAGAACCGCGAACGCUCCCGGGAUAAGGACCGUGAACGCGAGCAGAGCCGAGAUCGCGACAGAGAAAGAGAGCGAGAGAGGGAGAGAGGGAGACAGAGAGAGAGAGUCAGUGACUGGCCUCAGGAGAAACAGAACCAACCCCUGAAGUCCCUACGCAGGCUCCUGCACCUCUCCCCCUCCUCCUCUUCCAGCCAACCCCCUCCUCCUUCCGACCUGCGAUUCCAGCACCUCCCCAACCCCCCCACCUCCUCCUCUAAAGGGGGAGUGUUCAGCGAUGGGAGAGGCGACGGUAGGUCCCACCAGGGACACCCUAGCAGCAGCAGCUCCAGCUCUGGUCAGUCUAAGAGCCACAGGAAGCAGAGUUACCCCCUCCCGGGGCAGAUACAGGGGCAGAUGGAGUCCAACUGGCACGCGGCGGCCCUCGCCAGGGCAGAGGGGGCUCAGCCGUACCCCGACCAAAUGGUCGCCAACGGGCCCACCUUUACCAGACCGUCAAGGUCACGGAUGCCAAACCUCAACGACCUGAAAGAGACAGCCCUGUGAGGAGAACAUGGAAUUAGAAUUCUACCACAUGGAAUUAGAAUUCUACCACAUGGAAUUAGAAUUCUACCACAUGGAAUUAGAAUUCUACCACAUGGAAUUAGAAUUCUACCACAUGGAAUUAGAAUUCUACCACCCAUUGACUUGAAUGGGGAUGUCCAUUCUAGGAAAAAAUGUCUAUGGAGGAGACGUCUCUCUGCCCUCAGGGGUCGUCAUGUUGGUUAGGCACCAAAAUGGAACAAAACAGACUGAAGCAGGGAGGGACAAGAUGGACAACUGUCCGAUAAGAAAAGCUUAUUUUUUUUGUGGUGCGUUGCGAAGCGUUUUGUAACGUUUUCAAUUGUGUGCCCUAAUGAAUAGGACUCUGGGCUCUCACUACUGCCGCCUGCUGGCCGCCAGACGCACCUCGGACUAUAGAGAUCAGAAGGCUAUACUGUAUCUCUCUCUAAGGUCAGGACUAUAUGACUGGGAGGUGGACUGACUGGCUGUAAAAAUCUGACCUUUUUUGAUGCUUCAAACAUUUGAUAGAAUUUGUAUUGACAUUAUAUUAUAUUAUUCAUGAAAUUCCUUUUAUUUGAUUUAAAUUAAAUGACUUUAUUUAACGAUAUGUAGGCCUAAAUGGAGAUUUAAUAAGUAUUGUAGAAUUAAUAAUUGUGUAAUAUUGCAAGAGCUUUAAAAAUAAAUGUAAAAAAGAUUAUGAGAUUCUAACUAUAUAUAUAAUAAUAAUAAUUCAAUAUUUCAUCCAAAAAUAUUUAAUUGUGGAGGUUUUUCAUCAUUUCUAUUUAUUGUUGUUACAGUAAAGCCUGUUUGUUCUGUCCAUUUACUUGAAUGUAUUUAUUUGAUCUGAUUUGACACAGAGUUAUGGAGAUUAUAUAUAGAUAUAUGUACGACAGAUGGACAAAGACAAAUGAUAUAAUGUUAUAAUGUAUGAUAAAAUAAUGAGAUACCUA